AUGAUGGAAGAGGUCUUGAGAAGUGUUGACGAGUAUUCUGACGAAUUAAUCUUAGAGCUAAUACAAGAAGAAGAAAGCAUAUCAGAGGUAAUUAACAUACUAUGCGGAGUAAUUAAAAGUAUAAGUACGGAAGAAAUUUCUAGAACAACAGACCAGUUACAAAUGCUAUACAGGUACUUACUAAUGGUGAUAAGAGAGCCAGAAGUGUUUGAUUUUGUAAACAGUGAUAUAUAUAGAACAGUAGAAAUAUUUUAUUUAACUUGUGCGUAUUAUAAGCUGUCAAUGCAUUCCAUUCUAAAUAUUAAUGAGACUGGUGAGGAAAUACUUACUGUGCUAUUACAUGGUGUGUAUAAAAAGCCACAGAGUAAAAGGCCACUGUAUAAAUAUAAUACUCUUCAAAGAAUUGAAGAGGAUUCAUUCUAUAAUCUUGUAGUGCAUGAAGAUUUACUGAAAAAUCCUAUGACAAAUAAAAUAUUAGAAAAGGAAAGCAUGUGGGGGCUUGAACCAGUAUUAAGCGAGAAUGAGUGGAUAUAUAAUCAGUGCAAGAACAGCACACUGUUUAACACUGAUUCCUCGUAUAUUCUAAAUUUAUGUCCGGCAUACUAUACAGGAGAGCAAAUAGGGAUAUACACAAUGUAUCCAGAGUUUUUUAAUAAGACCAAGGAAGAUAUAAGAAAGGCAAGGCUAAUAUUGCACAGGGUAAUAGACCAGACUAACAUCAGAUUCUUUAAUAUUUUCAAAACACUAAUAAUGGCGAAUAAAGAUAUAAAAAAGAAUUUUAUAUCGUCCAUAUAUAAAAUAUAUGAAGAAAACACAGAAAGAGAAAAAACUCGGUACAAAUUAACGGAUGCCGAGUCAGAUGCAAAGAUAUUCACUAUAUCAAAUCUGCUGAGCCGGCUUAUCCAGCCAAUAUCGCAUGACAUUACAAAGAUGCGAAGUAUUCCUGCAGAUGCACUGCAAAAAUGCACAUAUCUGAAAAACACAAGCUUUCCAGUUGCCAGCAGCACACCAAACACACCGCGGCAAUACACCCAAAUAUCCUCACCAAGUAGCAUUAACCUACAGAACUGCAGUUCUCCUAAGACAAAUAGUACGUUUUUGUCUGAGCUGUUCUAUGGAAAGCUACUGUACAAUAAGAUAUCCUAUAAUCACAUAUACACCAACUACAAUACAUAUACAGAGGAUAUUUCUAGGACAGAGCAGACACUAUCUGGUACACCGGAUGAUCAUAGAAUGAAGUAUGUGCUGAGUAUUUUAAAAUCAGAAUUUGAGUACGUUACAGCAAUACUAAGCAGUGAUGCCAUGCAGGUAGAAGGGGUGGUUCUAAUGUACAUUGUUGCGUUCCUGAAUCACAUGGCCCAGACUAGUAGGCUAACUGAAGUGCCGGUUUUCAUACUGGAGAAUACAAUUAUAUCACUGGAGAGGCUUACUCGUAUAAAGUUGGAAAGAAAACUUUCUGUAGAUGAAAUUAAAAAGGUGCACAUGCUAUGUGUGCACGUUCUAAACCUACGCAUUAACGUAAAUUAUAAACAGGAGGUGGUAAAGCUUAUUCUGUCGUACAUAAACACAGCAGAAUGUGAAUAUACACCAGGGAUUGUUUCGUCAAUUAUAACGUAUUUUAUUGAUGUACAGGUGGAGAUAAGAAACCAGUCAGAGCAGCUGCAGGAAAGAGGCCGAGCCUCUUGUAUACUAGACUACCUACUAAACAACUACAAGGGAAAAGAGGAAAUGAAAAAGAUUUUGGAAGUAUCAAAUACUGCAGAAGACCACAAAGACACAAAGACUGUUUUCCUACUCCACAUGCUUUCUUCAUUGUUUGAAAUGCAAGAGCGUGGGUUUGAAGAGCUAAGAAAAAUACACACGGCAAAGAAUAAUAAUGACACAGCAGAUACUAUUGAAACUGCAAUUGAACAUUCUAACUCAUAUUUUUACAUUGUGGAUAUAAUAGACCGCAUUAUAUUUACACUUAUAGAAGUAUCGCCCAAAGCUUUCUUGUCAUCGCUGAUACUAAGCAGGCUUGCAUCUUUGCUGAAUGCGUCUUUAAUCACACUAACAAACAAGAAAUCCUCGGAGCUAAGGCUAAAAGACCCAAAAAGCACAUUUUCUCCAGUGAGUCUACUGGGGAACAGAAUUAAAAUGUAUAUAGCCUUAAAAACAAUAGCAUUUGUGCGGGCAGUGGCAGAGGAUGAAGACAUGUUUAAGCCAGACUUAUUUAACAAAGCAAUUGAAAUAUGCGAUAGAAAGGGGGUGCUUACUCAGAGAGACAAAGCAUACUCAAUUCUAUUCAUUAAGAGAGUUGCAAAUCUGAAGGAACAAAGAAUAGUCAGUUCAGUUGCAUACCCAGACGAGUUCAUCGAUCCACUGACUUUUGGGCUAAUGAAGGAUCCUGUUAUACUUAAAACCAGUAAUACCCGUGUAGACCGGUCUACAGCAGCAAUGAUACUAAUGACAGAUCCAACAGACCCAUUUACUAGAGACCCACUCACAGAAGAAGAUGUAAUAGAAGACAAGGAAAUGUAUCAAAAGAUACAAGACUUCCUAUCUAACAAUUCUUAGUAUAUGAAUAUAAAGAAAUAAAGGGA